AUGUCCGUAUCAAUCGAUAUAAAUGAUUUGGUUUCAAACUUCGACCCGUUGACGAAAGCUUCAAUUUCGAAGCUACAAGGUGCCGAUGUUAUCAAUGUGGUCUAUGCUGUCCGUCCUUGCGAUUGGACAAGAAAAGACAUGCUGUAUGCGGAUUUGAAAAACAAAAUUGCAUCCCUCGAUAAAAUCAAGUUCGGGACUGCCUGCCGCUUCAAAUCCCUCAAAGGAAAGAAAGAAAGUACUCCCACGGUCUACGUUGUCGGCUUUCACAUCCAAGAGAAGAAGCCGGAUGGGUCGAUAAAGACAACGACGAAUGAGGAAGCGAAAAAGAGAAUAGAUUUUCUGAAAGUUUGGAAGGGUUUACAAAUCAAUAUCCUGGGCCCUUACAUCCUCGACCCCCUAAAACCAGUGGGGCAAAGUGAGGUCUUUGAUAUAUAUAACGACAAAAACGGCAAGGACAAAGAAACGCGUCGCACAUGGGAGAGUGAGUUGGUCGGAUGUUUACAGCCACGGAAAAGGCUCGCAUCCUGUCAAACAAUCAACGUUGUGUACAUUGUCGGCACCUCCAAUGAAAGAAAAAUGUCAAGUAUGAAUGUCGAAAUGCUAAAAGCAAUCGAACAACUUACAGGGGACCUGCAACAAAAAUACACCGGGUGGAGCGGAAAAGUCACAUUGCUGGGCACCUUCGGCGUGAAGGCCUCCUCUGGCGUGUCUGAACAACCUCAGGGCGAGCAUGAAGGCUCAGAAGGUGUCAAGGGCAGAUGUUUAAAUGGCUGCAAGAAGGAGCAUUCUGGCAACCCGGCCCUAAAUGCCGCAAUCAUGAAGGCGGACAUGGUAAUACAUGGUGGACAGGAGGCAUGUCCAACAAAGACAGAAUCCGAGCCUUCUCAUUAUUAUGACGCAAAUUACUUGAUGUAUUACUGUGCCACGAGGCUUCCUUCGGAUCCGUCUCGGAGUCGGUCUCGAGGUGUUUCUUCGAGUCACGAUCCGAAUCAGCCUCGAGGUCGGUCUCGAGAUGCUACUUCGAGUCACGAUCCGAAUCAGCCUCGGGGUCGGUCUUCGAGUCGGCCUCCACAGACUGGGAAGCCAAUCCGGCAUUAUAAGAUCGCAAAGUCCAAGGGCAUCCGGGUGGUGGACGAGGCUUUGAGAGAAGCUUUGAGGAGAAACAAAGCAGAGGGAGAGAAAGAUGAUUGGACUGCCGGGAAAAUCAUCGUUGAGUUGGGAAUUGCGCAUGACCACGCUCAUUGGCACCUUGAACUCGGUCCACCAGGAAAAGAUCGCUACCACUGGUCCACGGAUGGAUAUAAGCUGCUCUCUCUGCCACUGGAAUGGUUUAUGCACCUCAUGCCUCCGCGAUCAUAA